AUGUGUGGGAGCAACCAGACUCAAAUCAUUGAGGUUCUACUUCUUGGAUUUCUUGAUCUAUAUCACUUUAAAGCUCUAAUUUUCAUUGUGCUUCUCCUGAUGUACAUCUUGAUAAUAAGCGGAAAUUUCCUCAUCAUAUUUUUGAUCACAGUUAGUGAACAACUCAAUAUUCCAAUGUUCUUUUUUAUUAAACACUUAGCUAUAGGUGAUGUCCUUCUAACUACCACUAUUAUUCCAAAAAUGCUAGAAAUCAUAUUAAAAGACAAAGUGAAAUUAUCGAUAAUUAAUUGCAUAAUACAACUUUACAUUUUUGGGGUCUCAGGAUUUGUGCAGUGCUUCCUCUUAGCGGUGAUGUCCUAUGACCGAUACCUUGCCAUUUGUAAUCCCUUGCAUUAUUCUUCCAUUAUGGUGGCCAAGCUUUGUCUCCAGUUAGUCACUGCAUCAUGGUUAUUAGUUUGCAUCCUUAUAUCAAGUGGAAUUACACUGGUAAGCCAAUUGCAGUUUUGUGGUCAAAAUAGUAUCAACCAUUUCUUCUGUGACUUUAUCCCCCUCUUAGAGCUAUCUUCUUCAGAUACAUCAAUAUUAAAAACAUUAGAUUUUGUCAGCUCUUGUUUUAUGAUGUUCUUCCCAUUUGUGUAUAUCAUUAUAACUUAUGUAUAUAUCUUCUUCACCAUCCUCAAUAUUUCUUCUACCACUGGAAGGAAGAAGGCUUUCUCUACCUGCAGCUCACAUCUGACUAUUGUUUGUGCAUAUUAUGGAACUCUCAUUGCAGUUUACAUGGUACCAUCUGAUGGAAAUGUCAAUAAGUUUAGAUCUUUGUUGUAUAUUGUGAUAACACCAUUAAUGAAUCCACUUAUAUAUAGUCUUAGGAAUAUUGAGAUCAGAGGAGCUCUGAUGAAUAUUCUGAAAAAGAGCAGAAUGAAUAUUAAUUUGUAG